AUGAUAAGCAAAGGCAGACGUCUCGUUACACAUUUUAAUCAUUCGGGGUUAGCUCAAGAAAACCUGUUGGCAAUUCAAAAGAAGUUGAGUUUACCCGAACAUCAAUUAGUGCAGGAUAUUAGCACGAGGUGGAAUUCCACGUUUUACAUGUCAGAACGCUUGUUAGAACAAAAACGUGCUAUAUCCCUUUAUGUUGCCGAUUACGACACACUGACUAAUUUAACGACUCAUGAGCGGUGUCUGAUGGAACAAUGUGUCAAACUUUUGAAGCCAUUCGAAGAGAUAACUAAAAUCACAAGUGCUGGUCUCUCCUGCAUAUCCGAAGUAAUACCGCAGCUAACAGCAUUGAAAAAAUACCUAUGCAAGGAUGAGACUGCGCAACGAACAGCUGAUUUACCUCAUAUGAGAGCUGCCUUAAAAUCAGAAUUGAAUUCUCGUUUUAGCUUAUUAUCUACAGAUCUGAAUUAUCUUAUUGUAACUUUCUUGGACCCCAGAUUCAAAACAAACUAUUUAAGGAUUCUCGAAGCUGAAAGAGCGCGACAAAAGAUCUUAUUAGAGUUUUUAAAAAUGACUUGCGACGAGUCCUCCAGCAGCAGUGAUACAUCGCCAUCAUCCACACCACCACCUUCUAAAAAAAGCAGAAAUAAAACUGAUUCCAAUGUGACUCGCGAUUCCCACGACACCUUUUGGGAUUGUUUCAAUGAAAUAGCACAUGAAAAUAACAGUCAAAGUCAUCAAAGUCAAAAUCAAGCGAAAAAUCCAAUUACAAGAGAGAUUGACGGUUAUUUGAAGACAGUUCGAAUUGAUCACAACUGGGAUCCGUACGCUUGGUGGUCGGCUAAUUUACAAGAGUAUCCCAAUUUGAUGAAGUUUGCCAAAGUAUACCUUUCAGCUCCUUGCAGCAGUGUUUUCAGUGAGAGGCUGUUUUCCGAAGCAGGUUUUGUUUACGAAAACAAGCGAAAUCGCCUGUUGCCGGCAAACGCUAAAAAUUUGGUUUUAGUUCACCAUAAUUUACCACUUCUUAAUUUUGACUAUUAG